AUGGCGGCGCCCAAGAGAAGUCUCAUGCUUGUUUUGGCGAAGCUUUCUAUCCCACAGAAUACAUGUCUGCGUCAAUCUAUUCCCAUGUCGCCGAAUAGGAGCUUUGCAGUCACAUCGGUCGACAUGAUUAGAGGAUUCCGAGGAUCUGAUAUCAAAGCUGGGCCAAAAAAUCGGAAGUCAAACCAGCGCAACGCAAUUGACACGAUUGAACACGUUGAAUUAAGCGAGGACGUGGACGGCAACCUUCGAAACACCUCUGUGAGGAAUUUGCCGAAGCAGAGCCCAAUGAAAAGUUCUGUUGCUGCUGAAGGCGAUGUUUCAAAAUUAAACUACGAGAAGGCUGGAGUAGAUGACAAACGAAUUGGGCGCCUUAUGAUGCUUGCCAAGUCACGUAAGCUGCGUGACCAAAAAGGAAGAGUGAUGCUAGAAGGGAGACGACUCAUAACCGAUGCUAUUGAAUCGGGGCUCCAAGCACACACAAUAUUCUUCAGUCGGCUGGAGAACUUACAAGGCAUACCAGUCAACAAGACCCGAGCAACUCUGGUUAAAGUUCCCUUCAAGGAUAUCACCAUGUGGUCUGAUGUGGUGACCACACAAGGAGUUAUUGGUGUUUUUCAGAAGCCAACCUUCACUAGUAUGCACCAGUCAGAGUCAUUGAUCCUUCCCUUGACUUUGAUCUGUGACAACAUCAGGGAACCUGGAAACUUAGGCACAAUUCUUCGUUCAGCCGUGGCAGCCCAGUGCGAGAAAAUUCUCCUGACCAAAGGAUGUGUUGACCUCUGGGAGCCCAAGGUGCUGCGUUCGGGAGCAGGAGCCCAUUUCUGCGUGCCAAUCAUUGCAAACAUUCCAUGGAAGGAGAUGCCAAAUUAUGUGGAUGAAAAUGUCACCAUCCAUGUUGCAGAAAAUAACGUUUCUGUCGAGGAGCUUCCAGAGAGUAACACACCAAGAAGGUUCCAUUAUCCAGGGAAACCUCAUGGACAUGAACAAGAAGAAUGGAAUCAAGAUCUCAGCGAUGACGCUGAUCUUUCUGAUCAAGUUUUGGAAUCCAGAAUCUAUCAUGAGGUAGACUGGAGAGUCAGAUCGGCAUUGGUCAUUGGUGGAGAAACCGAGGGUUUGAGUGACCGCGCACUGGAAAUGUGUGACAGGUCAUCAGGUUAUCGAGUACACAUACCCAUGCCUGGGUUAAUGGAGAGCCUCAACUCGGCCAUUUCUGCUAGCGUCAUAAUUUUUGAGGCUCUGAGACAAAAUAUGACAUUAGAAAAAUCCUGACAAUAUACCAGACAACUUUAAACCACGGAGGUUGUCAGAAGAGUACUUUCCUGAUACUAAAAUGUGUCCAUCCAAAACUACUCAUUCAGUCACUGGUAACAACAUACAUAUAGGCAGGUUGUAGAAAUUCAAUAAUGCAGCAUUUAUACAAUAAUUAAAUUUAGCCCUUCAGAUUUUUCCAAUAUAUAUGAAGUAACCCAUUGGUAAUUUAAAUUUUUCCUUUUAAAGGGAAGUCAUAUUUUUGCUUAAGUUACAUGACUCUUUCAUGAAUGUAAUAAAGUAUUUGUUUUGAUUAUUAUCAAAACCCCCAUUUGAUUUUAGUCUUAAACUGUUUCUUUUUUAUAUCAAACAUGUUUCAGAUUGUCCAUGUCCAUAUUUUUAAAUAGAAGCUGGUUUACUGUUAUAAAAAUGUCAUUGCAGUUCGUUUCAUUGUUCAGUUUUAUUUCUAUUCAGUUUCUAUCAUGAUUUAGUCGAUAUCAAAAGCCAUCGGAUUGGUUCAAUCAUGCGUGCAUGUGAAACUUGAAAAGGGGUCGCUCCUGUCUGCUUGAUUGCAUUUUUACUUUGCUGUG